UAGUCAGCUCAUCUUUGUCUAUUAAAAAAUAAAAAAUAAUAAAAAUACCCAAAAAAACACAAAGACUGCUCCUCUCUCUCUCUCUCUCUCUCUCGCUCUCAGCUUAUGACUACACCUAUGAGCUCAAGUUUAGUGCUUCACUAGCAAAUUAAAACCCAUAGCCAAAGCUCUCCAUCCUCUACUAGUCCUGGCUCUAGCUUCCCUUUCAUUUCAUCAUCACUCACUUGUGCUCUCUAUUCCAAUCUGAAACCCAAAAAUCUCUGGAUUUUCUUGGCCAAAAUGUCAUCUUCUCCUACUGCGGCCUUGUCUUUUGCCAUGGAUGGCAUGUGCUUAAGCUGAAGAUUUUCAAGAGAAGAUUAUUAUCAGGUCUAAGAACACUGUAGUGCUUCUCUCUCUCUCUCUCUCGUUUUGCUGUCCUUGGCUCUCUCCCCGAGCAACUGUCUGCAAGAUCAGAGCUUCUACCUGUUUGCCAUGAAUUUCAUGAGCAGUAGCUAAUUCUCUUGGGCCUAAAGCAAAGGACACAACCAUGUUCAAGACUGGAUCCAAAUCCCCACAUGUGCUUAGUUUAUGGAGUUUGCUGCUUCCAAAAAGGGGAGACAAUUAUUAUUAAGAAAACCCUCCUAGAAAUUCAGAACAAACCAAACCAACCCCUUUUAAUUUUUAAUCAUUUAGGCCUCUCUCCGAUUCCCUGCUGUCUUGUCCCUUGUUUUUUGGUCUCCAAACAAGCAACAGAUCAUCAACAUGGAACUUUCAAGUCAAGAACCCCAAAUCCCAAUCCCCAUCCCCAUCAACAGCUCCUAUGGUGGGCACAACAUGAUCCAUGAUGAACCUACAUCCCACAACCACACUAUCCUCCCCAACGGCCCCAUAAUUCCCACAACCCUAGAGGACCCAAGUCCAAUGCGCUUCAAGAAGAUGGUGAGAUACAGAGAGUGCCUGAAGAACCAUGCAGCCGCCAUGGGAGGAAACGCCACAGAUGGCUGUGGAGAGUUCAUGCCCAGUGGAGAAGAAGGCACUCUGGAAGCCCUAACCUGCUCGGCCUGCAAUUGCCACAGAAACUUCCACAGAAAGGAGGUUGAAGGCGAGGCCUCCAACAACUCUUGCUGCCCCUUCCUGCCCCCACCAAGGAAACUCAUUAUGGGUUCUUUAGGGUACCCUCUGGGGGGGCCAUUUAUGGGCUCUAGGGCAGCCCCCCAAGCCCAUCACAAGAUGAUCAUGGCCUACAACAUGGGCAGCCUUCCUAAUUCUGAGUCUGAUGACAUGGAGGAAGGUGGCGGCGGCAGCGGCAGCGGCAUGGUGGGGAGGGUGGUGAAGAAGAGGUUCAGGACCAAGUUUACCCAGGAACAGAAAGAGAAAAUGUUCAACUUUGCCGAGAAAGUUGGGUGGAAAAUCCAGAAGCAAGAGGAGGCUGUGGUGCAACAGUUCUGCCAAGAGAUUGGAGUCAAGAGAAGAGUCCUCAAGGUCUGGAUGCACAACAACAAGCACAAUCUUGCCAAGAAGAACCUCUCCUCCACCAGUCCUCCUCAAGAUCCAAUUUAGAACCCUAAACCCCUCCCCUAAAAAAGGGGAAAACUUUCCCUUGCCAGUGCCAGUUACCCCAGAGAGUAUGCAUGAUUCCUUAUCUUAAUUUUUUUUUUUCUUUUCUUUGCUGUGUUCUUCAGCCAUUUUCUGUCUGUCUCUCCUUGGAGUUAUAUCCAUCUUUGGAAUAAUAUUUGUUGAUCAUAUGUAGUAAUGGAAUUGGGUGGUUUGGUGUUUAAUGUGG